UCUUACAUGUUACAUCUAUCUUUAAAUGCGAUUUCCUCAUGAAGUCAUAAAAUUUCUUCAACUUAAAAAAUACGUAGUAAGUCUCUCGACUCCUUGUUUUGACACCAUUAGGCCUUAAACCCUAAACCCUCCUCUUUCUCUUUCUUCACCUCUCCAUCCCUCCUAAAAACCCUCCAUUGUUGCAGAAAAAACUCUCACUCCAACAAAAAUGUCAUUCUCUCGCUCCAUUCGACUCGUUCGUCAGCUCUCAACCACCACCACUACCAACCCCACCUCUUCAAUUUCAAUCUCCAAAGCAAAAUUCAAGCUCAGAGCAGAACACGACCCAGAUAAAGCCCUACAAAUCUACUCCUCUGUUUCCGACCAUUACACUUCCCCUGUUUCUUCUCGUUAUGCCCAGGAACUCACUGUUCAACGUCUCGCCAAAGCUCGCCGCUUUUCCGACAUUGAAGCUCUCAUUGAAUCCCACAAAAAAACCCCCCAAAUUACCCAAGAACCGUUUUUGUGUUCUUUGAUUCGAUGUUAUGGGAAAGCAGGUAUGUUUGAUCAUGCCCUUAAUACUUUUAAUCAAAUGGAUGAACUGGGUACUCCUAGAACUACGCUUUCUUUUAAUGCUUUGCUUGCUGCUUGUAAUCAUUCUAAGUUGUAUGAUAAUGUACCCCAACUGUUCGAUGAAAUGCCUAAGAGACAUGGGUUUGUUCCUAAUGAGGUUUCUUAUGGUAUUUUGAUUAGGAGUUUUUGUAGGAAGGGUGAUCCUGAAUUGGCUUUGAAAACUUUGGAGGAAAUGGAGGAGAAGGGUGUUGAGGUUACUGCUGUUGCUUUUACUACUAUUUAUGAUGCAUUUUGUAAGAAAGGGAUGAGUGACGAGGCCGAGCGCAUUUGGAAUGAGAUGGUGAAUAAGGGUUGUUUGGUUGAUGCUGCGGCGUAUAAUGUAAGGAUCGGUAAUGCUUAUGGCGGCAAGCCUGAGGAUGUGAUGCGAUUGAUUGAAGACAUGGCUGCUGCGGGGUUGAAACCGGAUGCUAUUAGUUACAAUUAUUUAUCGACUUGUUAUUGUAGAAAUGGGAGGAUGGAUGAGGCUAUGAAACUUUAUCUAGAGUUGGAUGCUAGUGGGUUCAAACCGAAAGCUGCAACGUUCAGGACUUUGAUUCAUUAUCUGUGUAAGAAUGAAGAGUUUGGGAAAGGUUAUGAUGUGUUUAAGCGUAGUGUAUUUCAUAACAAGAUCCCGGAUUUUGCAACUUUGAAGGUUUUGGUGGAAGGGUUGGUGGCCAAGAACAACAAGAAGGACGCGAAGGGAUUGAUUAGGACUGUUAAGAAGAAGUUCCCGCCCAAUGUUUUGAAUGCUUGGAAGAAAAUUGAGGUAGAACUUGGUUUGGUAUCACAAGAAUCUGCUGCUACUAUGCCUGAAGUGAAAGAGGCUGCAAAAUAGUGGUCCUCUGGAGACGUUAAGGGUUAGAAUUAGUGUGGCUAGUGCAAAUACAAAAUUCAUGUGACCUUAAUUGAGGAAGGGUACAUGAAAUUGGAUACAGCCCAUACAGGGUAUGAUUGCGACAAUGAUCAAACAACUGUGCAGAUUACUCAUUUAUGAUUUCUGGAGAAGGUCUUUGAUUUUGAAGUAGACCACAGUCCACAGCUAUGAUUUUUGACCCAAGUUAUGUAUUUACUUCCCCUUUCUCUUUGACAGAACAGGACUUGAAUGGUUCCUUUUACCUCAAUUUUGCAUGAUUUUGAAGCUUCAGAUUUUCUGAAGUCCAUUGUAAGGCAUAAUGAUCAAUAUCAUGUCAUUUUUUAGCAGGCAAUGCAAUAAUUUUUAUAGUUAUCUUUUCC